AAAGAUAAAUCCAGCUAUCUACACAUACAGAUAAUAAAACUACGCAGUUCAAACAGUAUGGAGACGUUAGCAAUCAGUUAAAAUAAAAUGCAGUUUAUACUCAAUUUGCUGACCUCGUACCUGGAAAAGAAUGUUUCAAGCACCAGAUUAUAUGCAAACUGUGUCAUUGAGACUGUCAGAAGUUCUUGUUGAUAUAGGAGUGGAUGAGAGAAUAGUACAAAAAAGAAGAAGAACACGGCUGCUGGAAGAAUCUGUGUGUACAAUAUCACUCCAACUACAGGAUUUGAAUAGUUCAACAUACAUUUUAAGCAGCCAGUCCGAGGGCUCAACUACAAUCGGACUAGAAUCAGACGAUGACAAACUUACGUGUUAUAAUGCCUAUAACGUGUUACAGGACUGGAGUGAAUGGCAACCUAGUGCAAUAAAUUACUUGAUGAUUCAGGAUGAGACUGUAUCACCCGGUUACUGUUUGUUACAACGUUUGAGAAAUGAUGUUCCUCUUCCAUACAAUGAUACACCUAAUGAACAUCAUUUCAGAGACAAGACAGGGAGAAUACUAUUGAAGAAUACAAUAACGUCUUUAACUGCAGCAAUAUCAGCAGCAUCAGCAGCAAUAGCGGCUUAUUUUGAUGAGAGAUUAGUGAGACAUGGUCCAGCAGAUAGAUUGACUGGUCGUCAACCUGGAUAUCAAGAAAUUGACAUUGUUCUUGCUUACCAAUGUAAAUCAUGGCCUCUACAAGCUAGGCAAUGGUUAAAUUGGCAAGGUGCAUGUCAGUGGCCUUCAGAUGAUAUGAAAAGAUAUUGUAGCAAUUCUGGAUGUUUUGUUGUUGGAGUAGGAAGUAAGGGCAGUGACAAUGAGGAACUUGAAUGGAGAAUAACAACAUCUCUAGCAGAAAGGUGUUUAAUGUUUAAUCUCAAUAUCACACAGAUUCGGUGUUACGUUUGGAUGAAGAUAAUGCUAAAAACUUUCAUCAAGCCAUUGUAUAAAGACACCAUUUCAAGUUUUAUGUGUAAAACAGUUCUGUUCCAACUUAUUGCAAAUACUCACUCUGAUUUCUGGAGAGAAACAAACUUACUUGUUUGUCUAUCAUCGUGUUUAUUUGUCCUGUACAACAGUGUUUUAAAUGAAAACUGUCCGCAUUUCAUCAUACCAGGAAAUGAUUUGAUGGCAGGGCAUAUAGCUCAUGAAUCUAAACCUCACGUUCUUGAAAUACUGCAGUUUAUCAUAUACAGUGAAGGAACAUCAUUACUGGGUAUUAAAUGUGAUGGUCUUGGUUCAAGGCUUCAGCUGAAAUUGAAUAAUAUAUGCCUAUUCAAAACAAGUGCCUUUGUUUCAGCAUAUUUAUUAAAAGCAAUCGCAAGGAUGACUGAGUGCAGCAUGAAGUUUUGUCUAUAUUUUCUGAGCAACAGCAGUUACGAAGUGGCUAUACUAACAUUGCUAAAGUAUAUCGUCAAUCUAGUCAUUAUUUCUAAUCAAUGCCAAGCAUUGGACAAAACAGCUUGCAGCCUUUUUGCACCACGGCUCUGUACAACACUGGGAUCUAUCCUGGCAUCCCUUAACAUUCAACAGUACAAUGGUAUAUCAGAGGUAGCUCUCACAUGGAUCUCAUUAGGUUUGAACACAGAUGUUGCAUCUAGUAAACUGAAGCUAGCGUCCAUGUUCUACAGCAUAGGAGAAUGGAACAGAACACUAAUUGUGCUCAGAGAUAUUGAAGGAGUCUACGACCAAAAUUUUGUUGAGCCUAUUUGUGGUUGUUAUGAUCAACUCCGUGAAGCUCCGAGAAGAGGAUUUUGUGAAAUAUCUGACAUUCGUAAUGAAGAAGCUUUACAAUAUGCUACAGCAUUCUGUGUACUUUUUUUGCCAUGUGAAAUCAACUGUAUUCCAGCUGAGCUGCAGUAUGAACUGUUCUGCUCUAUAGAUAAGGACAUCAAUACUGGAGGUAUGAUGGGCAGUUUGAUGUACUAUGCAGCUGUCGAUUCCCUCCCUUACUUGUAUUUUCUACAAUACAAGAACUACAGCUUUCUUGGGAGGCAAGAUGACAAGCAAAGAGCACUUUCAAACCUUAUCAGGACUCUUGACCAGGAACCAAACCUUGGACACAGGGAAACAGCUCUGAAUCUUCUUGGACAAUGUAUGGAGCAAGAGAACCGAGCAAUAAAUGCUCUACGCUGUUAUUCAUUAUCCCUGAAUCUUAGGGGAAGAGGCAAUGCUGCAAAUAUCCAUAUGUGUAGGCUUCUAUCUACUAUGGUAAAUGGACAGGCUAGGAAUUUACCACUCCUGUAAACGUUUAUCAAAAAGUGAAUUUGGAGAUGAAGCCAUGACAAAAUCAAAGGACCAUAAACUGAAUUAGAAAUAAUACUGAACUAGAAUGAGAUCACAAUAUAAUAUCUUACAGCGACUCGUUCACACAUUUGAGGUGAAAUUUUCUUCUCUAAAAAAUCCAUAAAAUUCGAGUACUUGACAAGUGGUACAUACUUGUUGAAAUAUUUUUACAAGGUACAUCUAUCCCAAUAAAAACCAACUCUAUUGUGCAGAAGGAAGUAAACCGUUACAAAACUUUUCAAAUAAUGAAGAAAUUUAUACAUUCUUCUUGCAUUUUUACCAAUAUCUAACACUUAAUUUUAGUCUGACACUUCAUGCUUUUUCAGAACCAUUUAUACAUUAUACGCCAACCUUGAUGGAAAUGAAUAUGUUGUAAUGUUGUAAAAAUUUACCCCAACUGAGGGGCGAGGAGUUUUAAAUCAUAUUAAAGAUAAAACAUUUUAAGCAGAUGGAAUAAUUGACAAAAUAUAUUGUUCAGACGACUUUAUGUGCAAGAAAGUUUAGUGUCUACAACACAUUCUUUCAAAAUUUCACAAUACAUACUCGUCAUUAUCAGUACAAUUGUAACUUUAAAAAUUAAGUAAAAACAUUUGUUUCUAUUCAUGAUUGCACUAACUAGUAACCAAGUUUAGUCAAAGUGUGGUCAAAACUUCAUUUUAUACUUAAGUUUUCUUGUUCUCACAUUUUAAAGUGGACGAGGAAUGUAUGAAAAUAGCAAUAAAUAGAGGACAUUGAAGGAACCCUCUCAUUUACUUUCAUCUUAAAUUCUACAGAGUCAGUCCAAUGAAGAACCAUUUCAACAAAUCUAAGUGCAUUCCAUACAAAAAUGCUACAGACCAAGUCUGAGGUAUAUCCAUCUAGUGGAUUAUUUAUUUUUUAAUGUCAAUACGAAUGUCUAAUAACUAUACAGAUAGGCAUUCCCCUCGAUUUUGAAUGUCUAUAUGAGUGUCUAAUAUCUACACAGAUUAAAAUUCGCCUCGAUUUUUUUAAACAUCUACACGAAUGUCUAAUGUCUGUACAGAUAGACAUUAGCCUCGAUUUUUGAAUGUCUAUACGAAUGUCUAAUGUCUAUACAGAUGUGCAUUCACCUCGAUUUUUGAAUGUCUAUACGAAUGUGAUCUAUACAGACAGGCAUUCGCCUCAAAUUUUGAAUGUCUAUACGAGUGUCUAAUGACUAUACAGAUAGACAUUCGCGUCGAUUUUCUAAACAUCUUCACAAAUGUCUAAUGUCUGUACAGAUAGACAUUCGCCUCCAGUUUUGAAUGUUUAUACGAGUGUCUAAUGUCUAUACAUAAAGACAUUCGUCUCGAUAUUUUUAAACAUCUACAUGAAUGUCUAAUGUCUAUACAGAUAGACAUUAACCUCGAUUUUUGAAUGUCUAUACGAAUGUCUAAAAUCUAUACAGAGAGACAUUCGCCCCGAUUUUUUAAAUGUCCAUACGAAUGUCUAAUGUCUAUACAGAUAUGCAUUCGCCUCGAUUUUUAAAUAUCUAUACGAAUGUCUAAUGUCUAUAUAGAUAGACAUUCACUUCGAUAUUUUUAAUGUUUAAACGAGUAUUUAAUAUCUAUACAGAUAGACAUUAGCCUCGAUUUUUUAAAUGUCUCUACGAAAGACUAAUAUCUAUAUAGAUAGGCAUCAGUCCCGAUUUUUGAAUGUCUGUAUGAAUGUCUGUACAGGCAUUCGUCUUGAUUUUUGCAGGUCUAUACGAAUGUCUAAUGUUUAUAAAGAUAGACAUUCGCCUCGAAUUUUUAUGAAUUUCUAUCCGAAUGUCUAACUAACUGCCAAUAUCACGCACCUUAUUUACUCGCAUAAUGAUUAUUACACUAUUUUCAGUUUGUAUAGUAUCUAACAAUGGCUGCAAGGUUGUAGAAAAUAAAGUACAAAAGAAAUCAAAUAAUUACACCAAAUUAGAGCCUAAGAGUAAUGCACAGGUAUGAUACCGGUACAAAGUGUAUUGAAAACCAUUUUACAGUGUUCUUUCUUUACAAUUCGUCGUAUUAUUUCCACACUUCCGUAAGUCCAUUUUUGGCACAAUUGAGAUGUUAGUGUCAUUAGGUAUGUUUCUAUAUUUGUCAGAAUAAUUUGUAUAUUUGAUAUAUUGAUAACAUGACACAUAAGCACAGGUAGUGCUUGACUCCCUUUUCAUGUAAUCGUUGCUAUUAUUAUUGUUGAA